AUCACCAAGAUGGAUUGUGACUCUGCAAUACAGAGAUUGAUGCAAGAAGCUGCAGAGUAUGCAUCAAGUAGAACUCAGCCUCAGUCAUUCAGUUAUAAUGAACCUUAUGGUUACCAACACCAAGGAUAUGGGCAGUCAAGUUAUGCUUACCAACAGGACUCAUAUUAUCAGCAACAGCAGCAGUUUACUAAUACAGCAUAUGGACAGACAGGUAUGUAUGGAGUGAACUACAGCCAUGAAUCAAGGAACAUUGGAAUCCCAGGAGGUGUGAGCGGUCAAGGACUCAUGGGAGAUAGACCAGGCGCUAGGGGCAGAGGAAGACUUAGUAGCAGAGGAGGUUUUGGUGAUAGAGGAGCUGCAACUAGUGGGUAUGCCUAUAGCCAAGGCGGCUUUGGAGGGGAUGAGAGAAAUGUGUAUGGGAGUCAUAGAGGCAGAGGUUAUGGGCCAUCAAGUAGAGGAGGUGAAGUUUCUGGAUCCUCUGUUGGUACCCAUGGUAAAUUUUCAUCUGGUUUUGAAAGUAACCAAUCCAUUGGGAAAGGAAUAGCUACCAGUGCAGAGCCCUAUAACAAUCAGCCUCCACUUCCGGAUGCAGCACAAGAUGCCCUGCCACCUCUUCCGCCACCAGAACCAGAGUCCACGCUACCACCAUUACCACCGACAGACCAACCUCCUUCACUGUUGACCCUGAACCCUUUCAAAAUCAAUAGAGUUGGACAUUCUCAAAAAAUGGGACAACAGUCACAUACAAAAGCAGAAAUGACAUCAACUACACAGCCUCACCAAAGAGGGCAUCAGCAAAGCAAACCAGUGCAUCAACAGCAGCAGCAUAGUGGUACGCCACCAUUACCGCCACAACUAACAUAUCAACAGCCACCACCACCACCACCUUUGCCACAGGAGGAGCAACAACAGAAACAUAAUCUGCAAAUUAACAUAACUCGUCCUCCCCAAACAUGUGAAGAUAAUAAGCAACAACAACAACAAAAUAUGCAGCAGCACUUUCCAAAACAACCAGCAAAUGACAUUUUAUCUCAACCCCCUCCUCCACCUUCUACAACCCCAUUGGGAGGUAAACCACCCCCACCUACAGAAGAAACAAAAAUUGAUAAAAAUACUAAACAACAACUGCCCCCUCAGCAUCAGUCUAUAGAGAGACGAGAACCUCCAUCUCAUCAAACAGAUGAAAAACCGCUGCCACCAAAACAGACUGAUAAAAGACAUACUCCACUGAAUUCUGAUAGAAAAAAACCACCUCCACCUAAAGUGCCAGAAGCUAUACCUCCUCCACCACAACUGCCUGUUGAGGGGCUGCCUUCUUCAAAACAGCCUGAUGGAAGAACUUUAGUACAUCAACCUGAUUGGAAACCUCUUAUACAGCAACAACCUGAUGGAAGACACCAACAACAACUUCCUGGCGUAAGAGCUCCUCCGCCACAACAGUUUGGUACAAUACCGCCAUCUCAACAAUUUGGUGCAAUACCUCCAUCACAGCAAUUUAGCACAAGACCUCCACCAAUGCAGACUAAAGGAAGACACCCAGAUAUGAAGCCACAUCUUGUACAACAGCAACCUCAUGGAAAACCAUCACCAUUGCAGUACCCAGAUAGAGAACCUCCUCUUAUACAGCAACUACCUGAUGAAAGACACCAACAACAACUUGCUGGUGUAAGAACUCCUCCAUCACAACAGUUUGGUGCAAUAGCUCCAUCUCAACAAUUUGGUGCAAUGCCUCCAUCACAACAAUUUGGUACAAGACCUCCACCAUUGCAGACUGAAGGAAGACCUUUAUUGCAACACCCAGAUAUGAAGCCACAUAUCGUACAACAUCAACAACCUCAUGAUCAACAAUAUUUCAAAGAAAGAGCUCCUCCACAGCAAUAUAGUGAAACCACACUUCAACAACAGUCUGAUGGAAAACAUCCGUCACAGCAUCCUAGUGGUGGAAGACCCAAUCAACAGCGGCCUAGUGAGGGACCGCCUCCCCAACCACAAAUCACACCUAAACAACAGUUUGAUGGAAUGCAGCAGCCUAGUGAGAGACUGCCUCCCACACCACAAAUCACACCUAAACAACAGUUUGAUGGAAUACAGCGGCCUAGUGAGAGACUACAUCCCCAACCACAAAUCACACCUAAACAACAGUUUGAUGGAAUACAGCAGCCUAGUGAGAGACUGCCUCCCCAACCACAAAUCACACCUAAACGACAGUUUGACGGAAUACAGCGGCCUAGUGAGAGACCGCCUCCCCAACCACAAAUCACACCUAAACAACAGUUUGAUGGAAUACAGCAGCCUAGUGAGAGACUGCCUCCCCAACCACAAAUCACACCUAAACGACAGUUUGACGAAAUACAGCGGCCUAGUGAGAGACCGCCUCCCCAACCACAAAUCACACCUAAACAACAGUUUGAUGGAAUACAGCAGCCUAGUGAGAAACUGGCUCCCCAACCAGAAAUCACACCUAAACAACAUUUUGAUGGAAUACGUCCAUCACAGCAUCCUAGUAGUGGAAGACAUAAUCAAAUGCGGACUAGUGAGAGACCUCCCCAAACACAAACUACACCUCAACAGAGGUCUGAGCGAAAACCUCCAUCAAUGCAGCCUGAUGGUGGAAAACUUAAUCAACAGUGGCCUAGUGAGACACUACCUCCUCCCCCACCUCCUCCCCAACAUCAGCGUGAUGAAAAACAAGUAUACCAUUUUGCCGAACCUCAGAUGCUUGGUGAGGCAAACAGAAGACCACCACCACCACCACAUCAGAUUAUACAGCAGUCACAUCCCCUUGGAGAGUCUCCAACUUUGCCUAUAAAAGACCAAGUAGAUAAUACAAUACCAGCACAGAAAAAACAGGAUGAUGGUUCAUUUAUUCAGCCAACAGUGGGUGCAAAACAACAUCAGUUGGAACAUUUGCAUUGGGAAGACCAAACAAUGUCAGACACUAGCCAGCAACAUGCAUCAGUGCCUGGAAGUGAUGUACCGUCUGAAGGGGAAACAAGCAUAGAUGCCAAGAAGCCUAUCACAUUCUGUGAGAUCUGCAACAUUAGUGUCCUUACUAGCUGGAAUAGUCAUUGUGAGAGUACAAAACACCUGAAGAAACUCCAAUCACAUGAAAGAAUGGAACAAUGGAUAGUGAGUAGUAUGAAUGAUGCUAUAGAAACGGAUAAAAUUACCUCAGUUGACCAGAAAAUCAGAGACUGCAAGGAACCCUUGAUUGGGUUGCAGUACCUGAUUGAGAGGAACGAUCCAGACGCACCAAUAACCUUUGUCUGCAUGCUGUGUUCUGUUGUCAUGACGGAUGUCAUGAUUGAAAAUGCUCUGUUUCCUCAUCUUCUUGGAUCCAAACAUCGUUUAAAUUAUAUUAAUAAACAUUAUGCGGAGUAUUCAGAUUCGUUCUAUAGGAUGAAUUCAGGUCAAGAGAAAUUAUCACGCAAGGAAAAGACCGAGUUUUUAUGCAGUACAGCCAAAAUGAUUGAGGGAAUGGAUGGUCGAGGCAAAGUCAAAGUGAUGGUAGCGAUGAAACAAACAGGGCAGGGCAAACCAGGUGGUGAAAUAGGGAAGAGUCAUCAAGCACCAUUGUUACAACUUCCGAUACCCAAGAAAAGGGAUGACUUGCCUCCUGGUAAUUCAAGAUAUGCCUUUGAAGAACAAUUCCAGGAGAAUCAUCCAAAGGACUAUGUCGAAAAACAAUCUUUUGAAAGACCACAGGAACCAUUCCAUCAAGAUCCAAUGAAUGAUUCAAUGAGGGAUCGUUCUCUCCACCCUGACAACAGAGACAUUCCAGAAGAAUAUAUGGAUGUCCCACUAGCUAGAGAUCCAUACCAUGGUCAUCCCACAAGCAGUUAUGAAGAACACUUUACACCAGAACCUCCAAGAGAUCUGUACAGAGACGAUGCAGAAUAUGGACGACCAAGACCACGGGAUCCAUAUAGUAAAUACCUUGAGUAUGGUCAUUCUGAGUUAGAUGAUCCAAGAAGUGAUCUUUACACAAGAGAUGAUCAAUUAUACGACCUUAGAAGAGAUCCAUAUCAUGGGGAUCAUCCACAAGAUUUAAGAGAUCCACAAGAUUUUCGAGAUCAUGUACAAGAUCAUCCUCAAGAUUAUCCACAUGAUUUUCGAGAUCAUCCACAUGAAUAUCCUCGACGUCAGUCACAUGAAUUUAGAGAUCAUCCACAAAAUCAUCCUCGAGAUCAUUCACGUGACUUUAGAGAUCAUCCCCGAGAUCAAUCUCGUGAUUUUAGGGAUCAUCCUCGAGAUCAAUCUCGUGAUUUUAGAGAUCACCCACAAGAUUUGCGAGAUCGUCCUCAAGAUUUGCAAGAUCUUCCACAAGAUUUCCGAGAUUAUCCACAAGAAUUGCGAGAUCAUCCACAGGAUUUAUAUUCAGGUCCUCAAAUCAGAGAUCGGCCUGAUCCAUAUCGGGAUAGCCGUGACAUACCAAGAGAUUUAUAUAGAGAUGAUCCUUUAGAAGCCAUAUCAAGACAUCGAGAAGAUCCAUUAAGAGAUCCUUACCAGGACGAUGAAAGGAUAAAAGGUCACCCUAGGAUCAGAUACAGAGAAGAUAAAUACAGAUAUGAACGGUUAGAAGAGCGUACACGUGAUCCAUACCGUGAUGACCCAUUGUAUGACCGUAGAGACCGAUCUGACCGUCCCUCAAGGGACAGAUAUCUGAGAGGUCAUAGCCCUGAGAGACGACCUUCUCCUGCCCAUACUCCACGUCCUGGUGACUUGAUAGCACGUCAUCGACUACGUCCUGGUGAUGACCCAUCAGAACCGCCAAUAAAGAGGACAACUACAGAUCACAUUGGACGACGUAGAGAUGUGAAUGUUGAGGACAAGUCGAUGACAGAAGAGGUUUCUCUUGCCUUUGCCCAAGCCUUAGCCAAACGUAAGAGAUGAGAAGAGAUGGAUGCAGCAGGACUUCAGGGGACCGAAAGUAACAUGUAUAUAAGUGAAAUAGAUAUUGGUAAUUACCCUUCCUGUCCCACAUCCAGCAGCUUCACUCAUGCAGGGAUGCUAUUGGUCCUGUUUUGUGUUCAAUCAUGCUGUUUUGUGUUCAAUCAUGCUGUUUUUAUCUCAACUUAUUAUGAGACAAGUCUUGUAUUCACUUAUAUACUGUACAACUCAUAUCAUGAGAUAACUUUUUCAGUGUUCAUAUUUUGAAUUUUGUAACAAGUGUCAUGAUUCAGUUUAUAAUUAAAAAUGUUAAUGUGAUUGAAACAUAAUAUGAUUGAAGUGUUUCAUGCCACAAAUUAUGACCUACAAUCCUUUUGCUUUACUGAUUUGAUCAAACUUUAUUCUAAAAGAUGGUGCUUCAAAGUCAUACUAUUAUUCAAUUAAACGUUUUAUUGAGGAAUUGGUGGGAGUGGUUGUUUAGUUAUGGAUAACAAUUUUAAAGUGUCAUCUUUUGUUGCAUAGUUUAUAUUCUAGAAAAAUCAUGACUUCCUUUUUACCCUACUGACGAGUGACCAAGAAAUGAUUGAUUUUGUUUGUUGUAAACCAUAUUACUUGAAUAAUCCAAAAAUGUAAAAAAAGUCCCGAGUCCAUCCAUCUGAAAUACACAUACCGAAAGAAGAAACGUAGAAAACACAAAGCAGGGCACUCACUACGUCAUGCGAUGGUCGUACCACGAAUCCAGCCCCGCUCCCUCUAAGCGCUCAACGACACAAUGCCGGCUGCUGAUCGUCGAUGGCAGUCUGAAUGGAUCGUCAUUAAAAACGAUUGAUUGCGCGCGCGUCAUGACAUUGUGUUCUCUAUAGAAUGGCAUCGUCUGGCGCAGUGAAGGCCCGACUUAACAGAAUUAGAAAUAAAAAAAACUUUGCUUUUGAUUUUGUGAAAGAUCUGGCAAACAUGUAGAAAACAUUGUUCCUUCAUACCAUUUGAAGCCAAUAACUGAAACCGACUCAUUUUCAUCAACUUCUGACGCAGACUGUUCAUCUGCAAUCUUACGUUCCAAGAGUAAUUUUUAUUUUUUUAUUUCAGUGUAUUAUUAGUGCUGGUGUUAAUUUCUUAUGGAACAUUAUUCCAUAAGUUUUGGGACCAUUACUAGAUUAUUUCUUGUAAUAUAUUUGUGAAGUUUUGUGGAAGUCUUGCUCAGCCAGAGUUUGUAUUGGAUGUAAAACACAUAUGAUAUUGAGACUUCUACACUUGUGUUGUGACCUAGAGAUUGGCACUUACAUGUACAAGACAUGUAAGAGAAUGUUAUGAAAUUUAGAGUAUAAAACUGUUGUAGCACAUUUUUGGGGUUUUGUUUUUUUUUUCAAAAAAGAGAGAAAAUGUGUUGUUUAGUUUUUUAACUUUUGCCAGUAGUAAACAUAAUUAAAUAAUAGAUUGGUUGCCUUGGUAAAUGGGGGAAUCUCUCUACAUACCAAGCGAAGUUUGGUAUGUAGAGAACAGAAAAUGUUUAAAUGUAGUUUUCCACACACCCUGCUAGAUGAAUACUUGUGUAUUGCAUUGUCACUGAGAGAACUGUUACACUGAAAUCUCAUGCGCAGGUGUACCUUAGGAGUUGGAAAUUGACAUUUUAACACUUGCUGCCACCAGGCCUGUAGGCAAAGGGGUUGCAGAGGGUGUGGGUUUCUUACAAUACAGGGAGUAUACAGGGAGAUAUGUUUUUAUUUUAUAUUGUACAUUAUGGUGGUGGUGGUUUUCUUUAAAUUUUAUUUAUUAUUUAACUGCCACCACCGUGGUGGUGGUGGUGUUGCCACAAGUGCAUAAAAACACCAAGAGCAGCUCAUGAAGACACUUACUAAUUUAGAAAUAUAAAUAAAUUGUUCCUGUGUUUUUAUUAAGUGCAACUGGGAAUAUGUUUACUUAGUGGUGCCGUUUAAAAAUGUUCGGUGGCUAAAGGAAAUGAGUUUCUUAUAUUGCAUGGCAGUUGGAAAUUGACAUUUUAACACUUGCUGCCACCAGGCCUGUAGGUAAAGGGGUUGCAGAGGGUGUGGGAGUAUACAGGGAGAUAUGUUUUUAUUUUUUAUUGUACAUUAUGGUGGUGGUGGUGGCGGCGUUGCCACAAAUGCAUAAAAAUACCAAUAGCAGCUCAUGAAAACACUUACUAAUUUAGAAAUAUGAAUAAAUUGUUACUGUGUUUUUAUUAAGUGCAACUGGGAAUAUGUCUACUUAGUGGUGCCCUUUAAAAAUGUUCGGUGGCUAAAGGAAAUGAGUUUCUUAUAUUGCAUGGCGUCGAACGUGCUCAAUCAAAAAAUGCACUAUUAAUGUGCAUUUUAUAAAAGAAAACAAAAGUACACAUUUGUUUUUGUCUCCUUCAUGAGAAAGCAUUUAAUUGUUUUGUUGUUCAUACUCUGGUUAUUAUUGUUUGCAAAAGAAAUAAUCAUUGAAUGAUGUAAUUAAGCUUUUUUGUUAUACUUAUCAAGAUAGUGUUUAAAUCAGUUUGAUGCAUUGAUACUUAAUCUCUUAAAAAGAAGUUUUAAGUGUCUGUCACACUUACAUAGGUGUUAUUUUAUCACCAAGCUUCCUUUACCAUGCUUGCUUCUUUUAGUUUUUAGUUGAGCAUAAUAACAUAAAAAAAUGUAAAUUGGCAUAAGAAUGAAUGACAACCAGAAUUACACACAAACUAAAAAAAGUUCCUUGCCUCAUUUGCAAAUCCAGCUAUGGAAUAUCACUAAUUGAUCUUUGCUUAUCUAGCUUGAUGUUUAGUAUGCUCUUCGAUGUUUGUGAUUAAUGUAAAUCAGGAAAUUUGUAUUGCAUCAUUCUUGUUAUUUGUAUGUUGUAUUUUAGUUGAGCAUUUUGCAUUUGCAUGCCACAUGCUAGCAAUUAAAUGCUAUAAUUUUUAGUAAUUGUACUGAAA